AUGUUGUUGCAGGAGUCGUGUCUUAUUUCUUGGCCUUGCCUUUCAGCUUUCUGCUUGCCAGAGUCAUUCUCUCCUGGCCUCAUAGGCCAUAUCAUACCUAUUUUAAAAACUAUAUAUGAAGUAUGCCUCCACCACUAUCUCAUUGAUGUUAUUCCACUUCUUGACCACCCUGAGACUGAUGAAAUAGUUCCUGACAUUCCUAUUGACUCGGAUUAUGUUGGCCCACCUCCACCUUUAGAAGUCACCAUCUUUAAUAUUAAUGAUAACAUCGAUAGACAGUUUCUUCAUAAUGAAAUUGUUAAUAAGCACCAGUGUGGUUCUAUACAGCAACUUGUCAUCUACAACCACGAACUUUCCCGGAAGCAUCUGGGAGUGGCGAGGCUGGUCUUUGAAGAGCCAGAGUCUGCGAGACAUUGUGUCAAGAAGCUUAACAAUGCUACUCUUAUGGGGAAGGUUCUACAGGUCUUCCUGGAUCCUUUUGGGGAAGAGUGUAAAAAGCGUGUUGGAGAAGUUGGAAAAUUGUUGGAGGAAGAGGCAAAGAGAGAUGAAGAGGCCAAAGAAGCCAAGAAAAGACCGCCUCCACCACCACCACCACCACCAGUCAAACCACCACCUCCUCCUGCAGAGGAAGACACUCAGUCCAGCAGAGAAAGAGAAAGACGUAACACUGAGAAAGAGUUUGACCGUAAUAGGUAUGAGGAAAACACAAAGGCAAGCUCUAGUGUCGUCCAGACCCCUUCAACUUCUGUCAAUUCGUCCACUGUGCCUGCUUCGUUCUACCCAGAACAGAGAGCAGCAACUCAGUACGCAUAUCAGCAACAUAACUUUACCACUUACGAACAGUAUCACCAUUACCAGGGAUACCAAUACCAAGAGUACAGAGCAGCGUUUCCUACUAAUGUUGCAACAAGUCACCAUUGGAGUACUGCAGCUACUACUGGUCCUCCUCCACAGACUUGGCCAGCUCAUCCACAGAGUCAUGUACCUAUUCAUGCACCUCCUGAUCCUCUCACAACAAAUUCACGCCAUUCUUGGGAUGCAUCACGAUACCAUUCCCUUGAGUACCAGCGCAAUUCUCACAAUAAUAGUUCUUUUGAUAACAAGACUGUCACUGGGAGACCCAAACUUGAUGACAGACAUGAAACCAUUGAAAAUGCUGUCACUUGCAAACCUAAGCAUGAAUCAGAAGAGGAGGAAGACAAAUCUAAUUUGGAUUUGGAUACGAGAAUUGCUAUGCUAUUGCAGAAUAAAGAUAGUGGGAUGGCUCCUCCAUUCCUUGCUCUUGGAUUGGGAAGUGAUGAAGACGAGGAGAAAAAAGAGGGUGCAAAUCAGGAGGAGAAAAAAGUGAAAGACAAGGUAUCAAGUGUUCAAACAAGUUCUAGUAGUAGUGUUACGAACUCAGACUCAGAUUCUUAUUCAGACACAGGAAGUGAAAGUGAGGUUGGAGAGGGUUCAAAAGACUCCAGUGGGGGGGAGGGUAAAUCUAAGUGGGCUAUACUUGAAAAUAUUUUAGAACCAUUAUCAACUCCACCGUCUCCCUUUAUUUCAAAAGAAAUGUAUGUAUAUUGGCAGGAAAAGGGAAAUGAACUAAAAAUGGAGGCACAGAGAAGAGAAAGAGAGGAAAAUAGGGAGAGGUUAAAAAAGUUAAAGAGAAAGAAAGUGAAAAGAAAAGACAAAGAAAGUAAAGUGAAUGAUGAUAGAAAAGAUAUAAAAUGUGAAGUGAAAACAGAAAAUAUGCUAGAAGAAAAUCAAGUGAAUGGAAUAGAUGAUGAUAGAAUGAGUUUAUCUAGUUUAAGUUCAACAGAAGACCCAAUUUUACAUCAAGAUGUUCCCAUACCUCCAGGCACCACUGUAUCCACUCCAAGUGCACCUUUUACUGUUCCUCCACCUGGCUACCCCCAUUUUGGGCCACCACCUGCCUACCCUCCAUUUUAAACCUCCCCUGGCUAUCCACCUCCACCCAUACCACAGGAAACUACAUAUGCGUGGCAGCCGCCCCCUGGUUACCCUUCCAAUUUUGUUUCUGGGUAUCCGGGAUAUAAUCCAGGGUAUAUGGCCCUUCCUCCAGGUUACUCGGCUAUUACUCACCCACCUCCAGGGACGAGUAUACCUGGCCAAACCCCCUACCCUCCAUAUUUUGGUCCUGGUUACCCCCAACUCAGAUCACCGGGUUCUACUCAUAAAAGUGGAGAAUCAGACCCAACAAUAAAUGCAGUGCUUGACACUGUUAUUGAAGAACUGAAGAAUAUUCUUAAAAGGGAUUUUAACAAGAGAAUGAUUGAAGCAACAGCGUUCAAAACAUUUGAAGCGUGGUGGGAUGAACAGGAAAGAAAGUUUAAGGCGCAGGCAGCAGAGAAGGAGACCAACUCAGAGAUAGCUGGCCCACAAGCUCGGAUAGAGAAAAUUAAUUCUAUAUCUUCCUUACUGGAGACCCGAGAAGGCUUUGGGCUGGAUUCGUUAGGUUCUUUAGGGCUUGGCUUCAGAGCUGCAAUGCCUAAAAUGCCUUCGUUUAGAAAAAUUCGUAAAAUCAAGCCACCUUCACCUCCAUGUAUGGAUGAAGAUAGUCGAGGAAUGGGUUCUGAUGAAGACAGUAAACAGUCAAGACAAAAAGCAGAGGAAUCAUCAGAUUCUGAUUCAGGGCCUGAUGAUCUUCUUCCUAUUCAAAAAACUAAACCAUCACCACCUCUAAUAAAAAGAAAACCAAAAUGGCCAUCUGAUGAAUCAGUUGAGAGUAAUGUUUCUUCUGAUGAGGAAGAAGAAAAGGAAGAGUCAUCAUCAUCAUCAUCGUCAUCAUCAUCCACAUCAGAAUCAUCAGAAUCUGACUCAUCAUCAUCAUCAUCAUCUGACAUUGAGGAGGAGGAAGAUGAACUGGAGGAACUCAAGGAACUGCGUCGCUUGGAAGCUGAAUUCGAUGCUCAUGUCAGAUCAACUGUUGAAUCAGUCAUGCGAACUCCAGAGCAUGAUCGUCCUCCAACCCCCUUGCCUGACAUUCUUCCAAACCAGAUGGAAGAUACUUGGAUGAAUGAAUCUCCUCCCACUCCAGUAUUAAAGUUGCAGGAACCAGUUGUCUCUCCCAAAAAGAAAUCUCCAACUAAGAGUAAACAAAUACCAAAGAAAGCUGACUCACCUGCUUCUACACCAUUGAAGAAGCCCACCAAAUCUCCCAUUGCUGCUGAGAAGAAGGCCAAGACCAAGAAGCCCAAGGAGAGAAGAAAAGAAGUGGAGAAGGUGAAGAAGCCACCAGACACUGUAUCCCAUGACUCAGGCUCAGAGACUGACACUGCUGAUGAAAAAAGUGAUCUGGACGAUGGUAUGGGCGAAUCUGCAGAAGCUGCCGAGGCUCUGAUGGCACUUGCUGGAGGAGAUGUCAAUGGCAGAGCCAGAUCCACUUCUUCAUCUUCAAGCACUUCCUCUUCAUCAGUUUCAAGUCGAAUUUCUGGUUCCACUGGAGAGGAGCAGCGGUCUCCAGUCCUCAUGGAACACAGUUAUUGUUUACCAUGGGCACCUAAGGAUGGGAGAGAUGCAUCAUUCUUACCUCCAGAAGAGGUGCCUAAAAAGAGUCAUAAAAUUAUGGGAGGGUCGGACCAUGACUAUACUCGUACGUGUACACCACCGAAGAAUGACAAAAAUAAAGCUUCUAAGAUAGCCACAAAGUUCACCACUCCAAAACCUAGAGGAAAGGAGAACAGAGAGCUACAGAUUAAGAAAGAAGGUCUUGAUAAAAGAAAAAUAACCCCACCAGUUUUAACAAAAUCUACUACGUUACCCAGUUUUAAGCCACGCAACCAGAUGGAUGAAUACAACGUCCUCUAUUCCUUUCUCAUACGAGGUAUUGAUCAAGAAGAUAUUGAACUUCUUAAAAGAAGCUAUGAAGGAAUGCUAGCAGAUGACAGCCAGUCCUACUGGCUCAAUGACACUCAUUGGGUUGAUCACCCACCCACAGACAUCCCACUUCCACCCAGAAAAAAGAGGAGAUUGGACGACCUUCCCAUACAUAAAACUGGCUGUGCUCGUACCGAAGGCAUUUACAAAGUUGACUCCAAGCAGAAACAAAAACAUAAAUUUACAUUCCAUCAAGACCACACAGAGAGAGCUGCUGAGGACCCACAGCAACAGAGCCUUGCAGUGCUGGAGUCUAGCAAGGCUAAGCUUACCCAGAUGGCUGUGAGCAGGGAAGUGCGCUCCUUCCAGAGAAGACUUCUUACAGCAUUUGGCAAUGAGACAGAUUCUGAUUUGCUCAAGUUUAAUCAGCUCAAAUUUCGUAAGAAACUCCUGAGGUUUGGCAAAUCACGUAUUCAUGACUGGGGAUUGUUUGCAAUGGAAGCAAUCGGCCCAGACGAGAUGGUCAUUGAAUACGUUGGCCAAAGUAUACGAUCCAUUAUUGCUGAUCUAAGAGAAAUCCAGUAUGAGAAAAUUGGCAUUGGAUCAUCUUACCUCUUUCGGAUUGACAUGGAAACCAUCAUUGAUGCUACUAAGUGUGGUAAUCUUGCACGUUUCAUCAAUCACUCCUGUAAUCCAAACUGCUAUGCAAAAAUUAUUUCAGUAGAAACAAAGAAGAUUGUAAUUUAUUCUAAACAACCUAUUGCCUGUGGCGAAGAAAUUACUUAUGAUUAUAAGUUCCCAAUUGAAGAAGAGAAGAUUGUGUGUUUGUGUGGUGCUGCUCAAUGUAAGGGAACACUUAAUUAAGGAAAACUAAGAAGGUAUGGUAGAAAAACAUAACAGUACUCCCAUUAGUGCAUCAUCUCAAACUGGGCUGCAAGAACCGGUGAUACAAAAAUAAGUAAUUUGUUUGACAAUUAACCCUUAAACUGUCCAAACGUAGAUCUACAUUUUUUCAACAUUUGAAAGUA